AAACCCUAACGUCUCUCCAAAAAACAUAUCAAAUUUCCCAAAAAAUCAUGAACCAGAGAUCUUCGAACCUACUGGAUGAAGCCUUAGGGCUAGACCAGGUCAUCGAGCCAUGGCCUCUAAGGUGUCGAGUAGUGGCAAUAGAAGACCAAGUCGAUACCAGUGGGUCGUUCGUUCUUCACCAUCUACUUAAACGCUCUCUUUCUCCAAAUUCCUCUAAUGUUGCCAUCUUCAUCGCUUUCUCUCAGCCUUUCUCUCAUUACGAUCGUAUCCUUCGGAAACUGGGAUGCAACUUGGUAUCACAAAGGGAUAACAGUAGAUUCUUUUUCUUUGACAUGCUUAAGUUGCAGUGUCCAGAUGGAGAUGAAGGAAUAACUCCAGAAGGUGGACUCAUUGCAUUGUAUGGGAAAAUACAUAAAACCAUUUCAGCUUUGCCUGAGAUUAGUUGGAAAAACGUUUCCAUUAUCAUUGAUGAUUUAUCUCUUAUGGAGGUGGCUGCAAAUGGCUCUUCAGAUUAUGUCUUGGAUUUCUUGCACUAUUGCAGCACUUUAACAUCUGAGUUUGACUGUUCAUUAAUCACACUCAACCAUGAAGAUAUUUAUUCGAAUGAAGAUAGGCCAACAUUUUUGAUACAAAUGGAGUACCUUGCAGACAUUUUGAUAAAGGCAGAGCCUUUGGCUACCGGUUUAGCAACCGAUGUGCAUGGACAGUUGACAGUUUCGAACAAGGGUUGGAACAAGGUUAGUAAUUUCCAUUUCAAGGUCAAGGAAAAUGUUGUCGAAUGCUUCUACCCCGGAAGAAGCCGAGGUUGAUGAAACCUGAAACUAGUAACAGGCUUGAAAGUUUUGGGUUUUCGUACGAUAUUCGUAGAUGAUGAAACAAAGGAAACCUUAGAUGGUAAUAGAGAAGAUAUCAGGAAAAAGUUCCCUUUGUUGGGACAAAGAAAUUCAGCCCUUUUGUUGCAUCUAUUAUUAAUGUGCACCUGUUAGUUUUGCUGAAGAUGUGGGUUCCGGCUUUCAUUAAUCCCUAUUAUGUUAGUGUAUUUUAUUGGUUUAUAAUCAUGUCUAAGGUAUUUUAUAUUUGUAUAAAUUUUGAUAUAUUUAUAAUUAUGAUUGAGAAUAAGAAAAGAGAAAAUUGAAAAGCGGUUCAAA